CCGGCGACCCCGUCCCCAUCCAUCUGCUCGUCCGCCGAGGCGACGUCCUCGUCCAUCUGAUCUGAUCGUCCGGCGACCUCGCCCGGCCUCUCGUUUAGCGGCACCGCUCGCCCCAAUGCCCCACGACCUCGCCCGGACUCUCGUUCAGCGACGCCACACGCAAUCGCUCGUCCGGGCGUCUGGCGACCUCGCCCCGCCUCCGGCCUCCCGCCACCAUCCGGCCAGCCGGCCAGGAACACAAGAUGAACAAAGAACCAGGACACUGACAUCUUUUUUUCAACCACAAAGCACUGAUUCCAUAGUAACAGAAACAGGCCCUUCAAUUGCAGCAAAUGAUGAUGUUCCUCAUGUUACACCUCAACUUAAGCCCGGUGAUACCGAACCAGAUCCUGGUAAGAGAAUACCUAUUGAGAAUUUGGAUCCAGACAUUACAGAUCUGGCUAGAAGGGAGUACAUUAGUAAGGGUCCAUGCCAACCAACUGAUCAUGUAUAUGAACGGAAAUGGGUAGGAAAAGGGUUUAGCAGCUUUCAUGGUUCUUGGUCAAAAUCAUCGUGGCUGGUUGGAAUAUAGCGUUCAUAAAAAUGCAGCCUUUUGCUUUUGUUGCUUUCUAUUUAAGCAACCAAGAGCUGAAAACUUAUCCUUUUAAUUGUCUUUUGUUAUGUGUUACAUUAUGAGACAAGGCAGUAUUGAAUAUUGUGUUCAGAUUCU